AUGACGUCGCCUUGGCCAUUCGCCGCUUGGGGCAUGGAUGUCACAGGACCGAUUAAGCCAGCUGCGUCAAACAAGCACAAUUUUAUUUUGGUUGCCAUAGACUACUUCACCAAGUGGGUGGAAGCGACAUCUUAUACGUCAGUAACAAAGAAAGUAGUAGCGAAUUUUGUGUGCAACAACAUCACAUGCCGAUUUGGCAUCCUAGAAAUGAUCAUAACAGAUAAUGGGGCUAAUUUGAACAGCCACUUGAUGAAAGAAAUGUGUGCGCAAUUCCGAAUCACUCACCGAAAUUCGAUCGCAUACAGGCCACAAAUGAAUGGAGCUGUGGAAGCCGCCAACACAAACAUCAAGAAGAUCCUCAUAAAGAUGAUUGAUAACUACAAAGGCUGGCAUGAACAAUUGCCAUAUGCAUUACUGGGAUAUCGCACAACCGCCAGAACUUCAACUGGAGCCACUCCAUAUUUGCUGGUGAUACCGGCCAAAGUAGAAAUCCCAUCUCUUCGAAUCAUACAAGAAGCAGGAUUGGACGAUGCAGAAUGGAUCCAUAAAAGGCAUGAGCAACUAGCUCUGAUAGAUGAAAAGAGGAUGAUCGCUGUUUGCCAUGGAGGAGCAGUUGUCCUCGCUGAAAUGGAUGGCCAAGAGUGGCCAAGAGCAAUAAAUUCAGACGCCAUCAAGAGAUACUAUGUUUGA